AAUCAAGGAAAAUUAAUUGCAAGAAAGAGAAAAUUACAAAGUCGUCCAAAUUUUUACUAAUUGUUAACACUGAAUUAAUUAAACCCUUAAAGUUCAUAAAAUUACGAACAAAAACCCAAUACAUAACAGUAAACUGUUACUUUUUUCCUUAUUUAACAUUACAGCACUGUUAACUUUCAAACCGUAUAUGUUAAAAGUGUGUCAAGUUACGUAAUAUUUAUCAGCACAGUAUUCUCAAUAUCAUGAUAAGUAGUGUCCGAGAGAAAAUCAUGGAAAAGGUUCUUGUAGUUGGAGCAGGGAUGACAGGGGCUUCAAUAGCUGCCUUUCUGAGGCAAGAACUUCCAAAAUCUACCAAAAUAUCAAUAUGGGAAAAGAGCAAUGGAAUAGGUGGUCGCAUGUCAACCAGUCGCGCCAGUAACAUCCGUAAUAGUACAGUUGACUUGGGAGCACAGUACAUUUCUGCGUCUCCUCUCUACCAGCAGAAACAUUCAGGAAUCUACUCAGAGUUAAUCCAGGCCGGGCUUCUGAUGGCAAUCGAUGUGGCCAGCAUAGAAGGCCACUCUGAUAAACAGCCGGACACCAAGCACUAUGUUGUGCCAGAGGGGAUCAGUGCUUUGGUGAAACACUUCGUGAACAAAGCAGAUGCAUCUGUCGGUCGUCAACAUUUGGUAACCAGCAUCACGACAGAAGGAACCCAUGUUGCUGUAACCACAGAGCAGGGUAUCAAAGAGUUGUUUGAUGCUGUGGUUCUCACCAUGCCUGUACCACAGAUAUUUCAGUUAAAAGGAGACAUUGCUAAAUUUAUAGGUGAGAAGGGCAUCAAGGCAGAUCUACAGAAUGUCAGCUACUCUUCUAGAUUUGCUGUGGGCUUGUUCUUCCCUCCUGGAACAUGUCUCGAUGUCCCAUGGUCUGCCAAAUACAUUUACGACAAUCCUUGUGUACGAUAUGUGUCUGUUGACAAUAGAAAAAGAAAUAAAGACUCAGCCGAUGUUGGCCCCUCUGUGUGCAUUCACACGUCUGUGCCCUGGAGCAUGGAGAACUUGGAGAAAGACAAGGAUUCAGCUGCUCAAGAAAUUCUUGAACACGUCAAGGCUGUGCUACCAUGGUUACCCAAACCAUCAGAGGUUAAAGGUCACAAGUGGAGGUAUUCACAAGUUGACAAGGGUUUUCCAGGCAGUCCUGGUUGUGUUAUCCUCAGUGACAGUCCCCCAGUCUUAUUGGCUGGUGACGCAUUCUCACGGGGUGUUUUUGACGGUUGUCUGGACUCUGCAUUGGCCACUCAGCAAUUAUUGGUUGGUCUUCAUAAAUCUAAAGUAUAAUGGCCAGUUCUUGCGUUGUAUAGUUGACAACUUAUUGACUUUUCAUCAGCAUUGGCCACUCAGCAUAAAUAGAUGGUCUCUUAGAUCAAAGACUAGUGUUGAAUAAUUUCUUGAUAAUAGUAUUUGUUACGAGUGCAAAAGUCUCCAUGGUAAUCACGAAAGCAUUUUCUGAUCAUGUAAUAGUAUUAAAUUAAUUAUAUAUAUAUUUUUAAUAGUAUUUAUACUGUUCAAACAUGCAUUUUGAUGUAACAAGAUGGAUUAUUUAUAGAACAUUUUUUAUGUAAAACCAUUCUGUUUUAAUAAUAGGGCAUUAAGAAAACAUAAUCUGACUAAAAUAACUUUUAUAUGCAGGACUUGGUUAACAAAAAUGCGCGAAUUUUAAAUGUCUGUGAUAUUGUGUGAUUGAUAAACCAUGUUUUGCUAAAGAUGUGUGUUAUAUGUGUGUUUACUUGGCAAAAAUGCAGAAACAUGCAGAAUGUUAAUGUUAUGUAUGGUACGGAGUAAUAGUUUAAGACAUAUCAUGUUGAGAGUACAGCUGAACUUUGAACAUUAUCAAAUUAGUUCAGCAAACAUUUUAGCUAUGAGCCGCGCUCUGGAACAUUGGAACAUAAUGAAUGUACAGUCUGCUUAGUGGAGCAUAAUGAAUGUACAGUCUGCUUAGUGGAACAUAAUGAAUGUACAGUCUGCUUAGUGGAGCAUAAUGAAUGUACAGUCUGCUUAGUGGAACAUAAUGAAUGUACAGUCUGCUUAGUGGACCAUAAUGAAUGUACAG